AUGCCUCAGAAACAACGCACCAUAUGGAGCAGUACAUCCAAAGACAGUAGCGACUCCGACUCUACUCUCUCUGGAAAUGAGUCCUCACAUUCAUCUCCGACUCCGAUCGUCAAAAGUAAGGCGCAAAAGGCUUCUGAUAAAGGCAAACAGCCUCAGAAAAAAUUAAUGAAGGACCAAUGCCUGCACAUUGCACGUUGGAUUCCACAUGCAAUCAACAUGUAUGUUGUCCUCAAGGACACUUUUAGAAUCGGUAUGCUCCUUGAGCAGGAAGAAUCUGCCAAGGACAGAACUUUGAUCGAGGAUGAUGCUGCCAAGAAGGAGUGUCAGGAGACUCUUGAACAUGUGAAAAAAGAUGUACAAGAGCGUUCCUUGAGGACCUACAAAAGGAUCCUCACAAGCGCACCCUACCUCUGCACCCUCGUUAAGGGAAACACAAAGAAGCAUUGA